AUGUUUAAAAUCUUGGUUAUCGUAGCAAUUUUCUGGCAGAAAAUUUCCACUCUUAGAUGCCCACCCCCACCUACCUCGGGAUUAUAUGCUUGUCGAAAUCGUAGCCUCAAUGAAGUCCCCUUGCCAAUCGGCGCACCGAUUAAAAACCGUCUAGCUAUAACAGCUCUAGAUAUCUCAAUUAACCUUAUUCAGAUCCUUCAUCAAGACGCACUGCGUCCCUAUCCAGCUCUCACUUGUCUUCGUGUGGAGAGAAACCGUCUUUGGAAAAUAACUGAUCUUGCUUUUCAAUCUGUUCAAAAUCUUCAACGUCUUCUACUAAGAUCAAAUAGUCUACUCAUUCAACCAGGCAGUCUUUCGCCCAAAGCUUUACUUCAAUUGAAACACCUGAAAGAACUCGACUUGUCCGAAAACCCCCUUGGUCAGUUACCUGCGGGCUUUUUCCCACCUAGUCUCGUUAAACUUCGUAUUGAAAGCACCCUACCAGGUUUGAUAUUUCAACCAGGAUCCAUGGGAGAAAUAACAGAGUUAAAAAAUCUCAGCCUUGCAAAUAACUCAUUUGAAAGCCUUCCACCAUACCUUGAGGCCGAAAUACGCUCAUUGAAGCACUUAAAGAAGUUAAAUUUGGAAGGGAAUAAGUGGAAUUGUGAUUGCCACCUAACUUGGUUUGCUCGAUUAGUACGGGAGUCUAAUGCUACCGCAACUUGCUCUAACCCCAAGGAGUUAAAACAACGAAGCAUUGCGACCCUGCCCCUAACGGAGUUUCAGUGUGCUCCGAUAGCACUAAAUAAAAAGACCAUUGGAAAUGGAAUAACAGAUGUAGAAGUAGGAUCAACUGUCACAAUGGUAUGCCACUUCUACUCGGAACCCCGGGGAAAAAUUCAAUGGUUCCGAGAUAAUGAGGGGAUUUCUGAAGUCAUCAAACAAGGUGUCGCGGAAAGAGUGAUAGGAGACUACUUAACAGCGACCAAUCUGACCUUAAAAGAAACACGCGAAGGGCUGGAAGAUGGCGUCUACAGAUGCGAGGCUGAAAAUGCUAGAGGAAGGGAUGAAAUUCUCUUUAGACUACGAGUGGGAUAUCAGGAGAAAGAGCAGGAACUCGGGCUACGAGGAUAUGGACUUGCACUAACCAGUGCAUUAGUUGUGAUUGGAGGUGUAUUAUUCAUCAGUUUGAUCCUACUUGGCGUUUUACUUUACUGUGCCAGGAAUGAACGAACAACAGACAGAGAGGAGCCGAGGAGAAUUAUAAUGAAAGAGCAAAAGAAUAGUGUUACUUUCACUGAAGGACUUCGACUUGAUGAUGCACCAGGUACAGAAGAUUUGACACAAUUUUCAGGAGUAUUACACUAUCAACCUAUUCCACCACCAAUUGCAAACUGGUUCUGCACAGAAGAAAUGAAUGAAAUUCCGCAGUUUUAA